AUGAGCUGUCAGCUCCGCGAGGCUAAUACCCCCGUCAUUGUUGGUCGCAUCCAAGCGUUGCAGCGCACGGUUGCUGAUAACUUUGGUACAUACUCGCUCACCCUGGAUGUUACUCGAUUUCUGACACUGCCAUUGACAGUUCAUAUGGAAGUCGGAAGGUUUGGCGUGUACAAGGUUCUGUCAAUGCAUUAUUGCGUCUGUUGUAAGGAACCCCGGUUGGCCCCCUUUGCUGGCCUCAGCUGGACUGCCCAGCUGGAGAUGCGUGGGACUCAGCACAGCCCCAUUCUGCUUCCAAACGUGGAGGCCAUAUGGGCCCAGUCUGUCCCAGCUGGGCGCCCGGUCUGGUGCCAUUGGCUCAACCAGCUGGCGGCCACCUUGGGUAGGAGUGGCGAUGUAUUGCAAAACUCUCCCUCAACCUCAGAAAUUGUAGUAUGGCUCAAUAAAGUCAUUGAACUUAUAGAGUACAUGGUUGAUAACCCUCACAAGCAGAUGAUGUUCUCAGUCCUCUAA